AAACACGGCCGGUAUCCGAUCCAGAGUUUCAGUUCAGGGUUUCAAUAAAAAUGAAUGUCCUUUGUGGUACCUGUGGAGAACAGAACGACGACCCGGGUGAGAUGCAGCAUAUUGCAAACUUUUCGGAAAUGUAUUUCGUCCUUACAUCAAUUAACGUGCACGAGUCGGAGUCGUUGGCGGGGUGCAUGGUUUGUGCCGGUUGCCAGGAAAAGCUGCAGGAACUGGAACAAUUCCGUGCCAUGUGUAUUCGCGUUCACGAGUCUUUGAUCCAGGUUGCUGCGGAUAAGGAGCGAAUAGGAUUAAACGACGUAAUACACGACGAUCCGGGCGAGAAAUCAUUUCUGCACCCUGAAUCCGUCAGCCCCAGUCCCGAUGGUCAUCAUACGAUAGAAGAGAACCGUCCGAUCACCCAAUCCAGCGAUAGCGAUGAAGGGGAAGCGGUGUGCGAUGAUAUAGUAGAUGAAUCGAACUCGUCGGAAGUACCCGCCGGCCAGAUCUGUGAGACGCUGUUUGAGGCUGCCACCGUUCCUGGCACCGGCCGAGGGAUUUUCCUGUUCGGCUGUACGAAAUGCGAGAAAAAGUUUAAAACACAAACCCGACUCGAUGGCCACCUGAGGGAACACCAGGGGUUGAAGCCGGCCGUCUGCGACAUCUGUGGGAAGGAGUUUAUCAAGUGGUUCAACCUGAAGAUGCACAUACGCCACAAGCACACCGACGAGCAGCAGCCCAAGGUUCAGUGUGAUUUUCCUGGGUGCCAGCUCACCUACACGACCGUGGCCAACAUGCGGAAGCAUCGGAAAUCGCACGAUCCAAACUAUAUGGCACCCCAGCCUCAGCAGUACAUCUGCGAGCAGUGUGGCAAGUCGUACACAACCGCAGGGGCACUAAAGGCACACACCUACUCACAUACCGGUGAUCGACCGUUCGCGUGCACGCUGUGCGAGAAAAAGUUUGUCAACAGCAACAAACUCCGGAUACACAUGAUGCGCCAUCAGGGAAUUAAAAAGUACGAGUGUCCACACUGUGGGAUGAAAAAGACGACCAAAAAUGAGCUACGGAUUCACAUCAAUCACCACACGAAGGAGCGCCUGUCGAUCUGUAGCACGUGUGGUCAGUCGUUUACCAGUUCAGGCAACUUGGCGAGACACGUGCGCAUCGUGCACCGCGGCAUCAAAGCAUUCAAGUGCCAACACUGUGGCCAAUCGUUUGCGAAAGCGGAAACACUGAAGCACCACGUGAUGACGCACACCGGCGAGCGGCCACAUGCAUGUGCGGAGUGUGGUAAACGCUUCAUCCAGCUCGUAGCCCUCCGUACGCACAUAAAAACGCAUGCCAAGGCGUUGGGCACGGCCACGAUUCUGCGCCACGACUCUACGGUAAAACGCAAUGAUCAAUUGUACUGCGGUGAAGACAAAAGCAAUCCGAUAGUAUAGAGGCUCGAAUACGGGUGCGACUGCAACUUUACCCACUGCUGCGAGGCAAAGUACAGUCCAUCCAGCGGAUUCGCAUUGCCACC